UUUUUUUUUUCAGCUUAGAUAGAUUGAAAGAGGAAAAGCUUCAAGGCAUGGAGAAGGAAGAGAUUCAAGGCGUUGCAGAGAGCAAUUCGCCCUCAAACUUGCUUAAAAAUGCUAAAUCUAAUCUCGUUACCGCCACUAGCGAUGACAGUUUGAAGGAAAUCUUUCGCCAAAUCAAAACCUCCAGAAGCCCCACGGUUAUCAACUACGGCGCUUCAUGGUGUCGUGUUUGCAGUCAGAUCCUCCCUGCAUUCUGCGAAUUGAGCAGCAAGUUUUCGAAGCUGUCUUUUGUUUAUGCUGAUAUCGACGAAUGCCCAGAGACGACGCAGCACAUACGGUACACGCCCACGUUCCAUUUCUACAGAGACGGUGAAAGGGUUGACGAGAUGUUUGGGGCCGGAGAAGAGCGUCUGCACGAUCGCCUCUGGCUGCACUCGUGAAGAAGGAUGGGCAGUUUCCGACACGAAACGCGAACACGAACACGACACUAAAUUAUUGUGUUAUAUGAACACGACACCAUAAUUUUGUGCUUAUCUGUGUCAAAAAUUAUCAGCUGUACUUAACGUCAUUUAUGGAAAAUCUCUCCUUUCUAAGUUUAA